ACUUGAAAGUUAAAUGCUACUACGUUUUCUUCCCUGUUUGUAUAGGCUUAACAGAAGACCGGGACAACCACAGGUACUCGUCAACAUCACGGACUGUGUACCCCGUCGCUCAGGUGUUUCGUACGGCACUCGUCAAGCUAGACAGGUGCGGUGGAACUUUCUCCUCCGGAAGACAUUAUCAAAGGACAGACAGGAAGGAACGAGGAGGAGCUGUGUUAUUAAGAGCAUGGAGGAAGCUACAAAAUGCACAAUGGAUUGUGAUCGCGCAGGAUUCAACCGAAACUUGUAGCUGACAACCGUUUAUUGACACAUGUUUGCACACUGUGAGUAGUUCACAUCACACGGCACCGAAAGACUGCCAGCCGAACAAUAGUCAUGCCAACUUAUGAUCCAAUUUAUUUGAUAAUCCACCGACCUAUUUUGGUAGUCCUGGGCAAACUUUAACACUCGCUCAUGAUCGAGCGUUUACCUGUCAUACACGCUGCCAUAGCAGCUGUACAUUGUGCCGGUUCUUGUUUGCUCUGCCACUCUUAAUCUGAUGAACACGAAUCUGUCCAGACUCUGGUAUUUCGCACUGGAAAAUUCAAAUUAGGACACUGACUGUCUGAACCAUGGUCUGAACACAGUGUAAGGGAACUCAGUGUGUAUUCAAUCUAACCGUAGAGAAGGUACCACGCCAACCUUGGAUAUUUUAUUUAGUUGUCACUGUGAAAGUUGUGACCGGACAGAACAUGAUGACAUGGUUUUUGGAUAUCACAACGAAAAGGAGACCACGUACAUGUUCUGAGUGAGAUAAGCUACUGGACAACACUGUUAAACUUGUGUGUUUAUCUAUAAUCUGCAGUUACUUGGAUCUGUUUGUUGUCAAGAUGAGCAGGUACUCUCGCAUGGACAUGGGGCUGACUGUCAAGGAAGACAGGGCCCUUCAGAGGAAUUCGUUCGCCCGUCGACAUCUGGACGCCAACUUGGAGGUACAGCAGAGCAUGGAGAAGAUGCACCUUCAGACGAUUCGAAACGAGAAGAUGAAGCUGCAGCGAGAGUUGGAAAAGAUGCGAGGUCGAGGCAGAGGAAACCCGCGGAUACUCGGGAGGAGGCACACGGCGUCGAUGAGCAGCAACACGGCGAGACUCACCCAGCUACGAUUGAAUAAAGAUCCGAAUGAGAGAUUCAAAGGGCAAGGGUUGUCGCAGUCCUUCAACGGGGGGAACCGAUCGCUUAAAAUUUCCGGGAGAGCGACGUCACCUACUCCCGGUGCGACCGGGGAGCCCAACACGGCCAGAGCACCCAUGGAAGCAGUCGGUCGCGGCCGGCACCACACCGUUGAAUUGCCGUCGAUUAUCCCAGGAGGACGCAGCCCACGAAGCGGUUAUCACAACCGGCAGGAGCCGGGCGGUGAGGAUUACAUUCGCGAGCAACAGAUGCUGGAGCACAAGAGAAACCUGAACAAGAAGCAGGAGGAGCUCCAAGCAAGGAUGGAGAAGUUUGGCGACGACUUGGGGCAGAAACACCGCGACACUACUACCAAUGGUGAGACUCGACGCUCCCCGUCCGAGCGUAGUGACACUAAAAGUGACGAUGGUAUCACCGGCAGCUCCGAUCCCAGCGCUAGCUUUCCGCCAUCUCAACCAUCUCAACCGCAUAGCACCGAUACUCCGCUCAGCUCCAGACAAAGAAGUAACUCCUUCUCUGAAUACGAUCUGCAAUCGGUGAAGAACUCCAUCACGAAGAGAUUGGUUGGCGACGAGCAACCCCCCACCGACCCCAACGACGCAUCCACUACAGAGAGCCCUCAACUCAACCGCACCACGUCAACAGUAUCAUCUGUGACUGGAAAUGCCAAACUCCGCAAGAAGAAAACCUCGGUGGGUAGCGACUCCAAACAGAAAGGAAUCCCACUGAACUUGGACAUGGUGUUCGACCAAGACACUUACGCACCUGACGGUAGCUUGCGUACGAUGCACAUGCUACCGGACCCCAUGGAAACCUUUGAGGAAGCAAAGAAGGCCCGGUACCUGCGCUGGAGAGGACCCAAAGAAGACGAUAUCGAGCUCACGGUGAAUCAAAUUUUUGGUAAAGCUGAGAGCUCGCUCACACGGAAGGACAGCGUGUAAUCUCUACUCUGCAGGAUGGAACACGUACGCAGCAGAAAUUAAAAUGUGAAAUAUUGAAAUAUUGACAGUUUUUAUCACAUUGCAAAGAGAACAAAAAACACUACAUACAGUAUUGGUGAUUGUGUAUCCCUACUAGAUUGUGGUCAAUAUUGAAACUUCUAUAGCUCCAUGGUUGAAAUAACACUUAUGUACAGUCACCAUUUUGUGUUAUACGAAUAGUUUAAACUAGACCGGAAUGAGGCUGUGUGACGAACUGCGCCCGUCUCAUAAUGCAGAACGGCUUUAAGAUCAAAUUUAGUUUUGUGAUGCACUCAUUUUCUAAAAGAUAGCGUCCUCGUGAAAGUUUGAAAAUAGUUAAAACCUCGCCCUAAAAUGGAGUAGAACUUCAUUUUAUUUGAUGCUCUUUCUGGACGAAAUUUUGAAACAGGAUGUCAUCGAAAAACACAUGCAGAGGGGCGUGUACACUUCAAAGAGGAAUUAUUGUGGAAGGUUCAAAGCAAAAUUUUGCAAAAAAUGUAUAGACCUUUAUUUGUUAUCUGACGUCAUCGAAAGUGUUUGGAUUUUGACAAAAAAUGGCAGUUAAAGAGUAUCCAACAUAUUGGUACGUUACACCAUUUAAACGUGAGGUGAAGAGGCUUGCAAUCAUGUUUCCCUCUAAUGAAAAAUUAGUGGACACAAAACUUUUAAUACAACAUUUUUUGAGCCCUCUUUAAAGAGCAAGUUGGGAAACAUUCCACGAAUGUCGUAAGCUUUUGUAAGCUUAUAACUUUAGAAAUACACCGAGGCUUGGAGAAAAAACCUUGAGUGCCUCAAACUAAUGGAAACUUUGUGUAUAUUUUUGCUCUAAAAAUGUUUGUACGAUGUACAUGUAUAUAGUUUUGUUUUUACCAUUACACGUGUCAGCGCAAGUUUAGGUAUGAAUUUGUUUUUUGAAUUUGUUGU